GUACGAUUGAUCAUUUGACAUAGCUGGGGCUGUUAACUGGUAACCAGACACAAUUGCAACCAAGCAGGGGACACAGAAACUUCCCAGUCUUUAAAUCUAAAGUAUCAGAUUGAUUCAUUUUACAAUUUGAUACUUACAUUGCAGAAUUAAUUGAAAUCAGGGAUAUAUAAAUAGUUUCUUUCUUUUUCAUUCUGAAAAACGAAAUCACCAGGAGGAAGAAUGGAUCCUAUUGUGGAAGUCGUAGCUCUGCUUCUGGGUUUUUUAGGGUGGGUGAUGGUUGGCAUAUGUUUAACCAAUCGUUAUUGGAAGGUCUCCACAGUUGAUGGGAACGUCAUCACUACCUCCACCAUCUACGAAAACUUAUGGAUGUCCUGUGCCACGGACUCCACAGGAGUCCACAACUGUCGCGAGUUCCAGUCUCUGCUUGCCUUGAAUGGUUAUGUCCAGGCAUCUCGAGCCCUGAUGAUAGCUGCAAUUGUCUGUGGGACAAUUGGCCUUCUGGCAUCCAUGAUAGGAAUUCAGUGCUGUAAGGCUGCAGAAGCAAACGAAGUUCUCAAGGGAAGAAUUGCUGGUAUUGGGGGUGUAUUCUUUCUACUUCAAGGCCUUUGCACAAUGGUUUCCGUGUCAUGGUACGCCUUCAACAUCACCCAGGACUUCUUUGAUCCAUUCUAUCCUGGGACAAAGUAUGAGAUAGGAGAAGGUCUAUACAUUGGCUGGUGCUCUGCAGUGCUUGCCAUAGCUGGAGGAGCGUGUCUCACAUGCUCCUGCAAAAUGUCCUCAGAAGAGAAACACUCCUACCAGCCCAGAGGCACUAUGUAUUCUGGGCCUGCGCCAACACGGAGUCAAGCUGCCAGCACCUAUGGCAGAAAUGCGUAUGUGUGAGGACCUUGUGGGUUACCUUCAUCCAUCACAAUCUAAUUCAAUCUAACCGAACACAUGGAAGCAGUUUUCCCAAACACUGAUGAUGCCAAGUGGUACCCUCCUUGCAGAAGCUCCUUUGAGGAUUGAUUUAGGUCUGGGACACAAACCUAUUUCCUACAUUUGUUGAACUUUGGAAUAUAAAGCUACAUGCUUUGUACCAAUCACUUGUCAAAUGUUUUCGUAGAACUUGGAUUUGAGGAUGUACGGUGAAUAGAUUCAUUUGAAAUACUUUAUAGUAUAAGUAGUAUUUGAAUUUUUCCAGGUAGUAAAGUAAAUCGAGCAGUCUUAUGCUUUUAGUUUCUGUUUCUUCAUAUAUUUUCGUCCGCCUAUCCAUUGUACCUGGGUAAAUGUAUUACAUGAAAUCAUAUUAUUUGUUGAUCUGUUGAUGUACAAAACUUCUAGACGUUUCAAAGGGGAAGGUCAAAGGCAGCAGAUUCCGACUUUUCCCACUGUCGAAUAGACCUAGGCCCUAUAUAUAUAUAUAGUAUGCGUAUGUUUUAGUAUGUUUUGUUUGGAAUGUACAAAGUUGUAUAGAUGUAUAAGAAGAAUGGGUUUAAUGCUUCUUCUUUCUUUUUUUUUUUUUUUUUUACAAAUUCGCACA